AUGCAUCUAUUGCGAGGGCUUCUGCUUUCGUUCGGCGUUGCGCUGUUGCUUGUGCAAUUGGUGCUCGCGGCGGAGGACUACUAUAAGAUCUUGGGGUUGGAUAAGAGUGCCUCGGAGAAGGACAUCAAGCGGGCGUACCGCACGCUGAGCAAGAAGCAUCAUCCGGACAAGAACCCAGGCGAUGACACCGCACGCGAGAAGUUCAUUGAAAUAGCCGACGCUUACGAGGUCCUGUCUACACCGAACACGCGCAAGAUCUACGAUCAGUAUGGGCAUGAGGGAGUGGAGCAGCACCGCCAGGGCGGCCAGGCGGGCGGACAUGCGCACGACCCAUUCGAUUUGUUUUCGCGGUUUUUCGGCGGCGGCGGACAUUUUGGACAUGCGCCGGGACAUCGACGGGGCCCGGAUAUGGAGUUUAGGAUCGGGCUGCCGCUGCGUGAUUUCUAUCUUGGGAGGUCGUUUGAGUUGAAUAUCGAGAGGCAGCAGAUUUGUGAGGCUUGUCACGGAACUGGGUCUGCGGACCGUGAGGUUAUAACGUGUGAUAAGUGCUCAGGACGGGGAAUCGUGAUUCAAAAGCAUAUGCUGGCGCCUGGGAUGUUUCAGCAGGUGCAAAUGCACUGUGAUAAAUGUCGCGGCCAGGGCAAGAUGGUCAAGAAGCCUUGCCCGGUUUGUAGCGGACAGCGGGUUGUUCGCAAGGAUGUUGAAACGUUUGUUACUGUGGAGCCGGGUAUGGAUAAGGGAAUGCGCCUGGUUUUCGAGAACGAGGGGGACGAAAGCCCCGACUAUAUUGCCGGCGAUCUGGUGUUGAUUCUCGAAGAGAAGGAGCCCGAGCUGAGCACGUCAGAGGAGCACCGAACGGACGCCACAUUUUUCCGCCGAAAGGGCCGAGACCUAUUCUGGAAGGAAACACUGUCGCUGCGAGAGGCCUGGAUGGGCGACUGGACGCGCAACAUCACCCACUUCGAUGGUCACGUUGUUCAGCUUGGCCGUUCACGCGGCGAGGUCGUGCAGCCACUAGCUGUGGAAACGGUCCAGGGCGAGGGCAUGCCAUUCUACUCGGACGGCCACCUUCACGAUCACGAUGACCGUGACCCGGGGAACCUGUACGUUGAAUAUACCGUCAUUCUCCCAGACCAGAUGGAGAGCGGCAUGGAGAAGGACUUCCACGCGAUGUGGGAGAAGUGGCGCAAGAGGAACGGAGUCGAUCUGCAGAAGGAUAGCGAACGACCUGCUGCGCCUGCACCAGUUAAGGACGAAUUAUGA